AUUUGUUUUCUGUUGGGAAACGAAUAAAUCUGAGUCCUGACAAAUGUUCAAAUUCAAAAGCAAGGCGCGGCCGUCUUCACUCACUCAACUCGCUGACCUUCUUCCUGUUCAUCAAAACAUUCAAAUUCCACAAAAAUGGAUUCCAAAGAAACUUGUCGAAAUGAACUUCGACUUGCAAUUCGUCAACUUACUAAUCGUUGUCUUUAUUCCGCUUCCAAAUGGGCAGCUGAACAGUUGCUAGGAAUUGAGCAAGAUCCAGCGAAGUUUACGCCUUCUCAUACUCGAUUUCAGAGAGGGAGUUCUAGCAUUCGUCGUAGGUUUAGAACGAAUGACCCUACUUCAACGCCUAGUCCCAGCGUUCCUUAUGCCUCUACACCGGCGCCAGAGGAAGAUGAUGAUGUUGUGGAUAGUGAUUUCUACCUUUUGGCUAAAUCGUACUUUGAUUGUAAGGAGUAUCGGAGAGCUGCUCAUGUACUUCGAGACCAGGCUGGACAGAAAGCUGUAUUCUUGCGAUGUUAUGCCUUAUAUCUGGCUGGGGAGAAGCGGAAGGAAGAAGAGAUAAUAGAGCUGGAGGGGCCCUUGGGGAAAAGCAAUGUUGUGAACCGUGAAUUGGUUUCUCUUGAAAGGGAACUCUCCAUGCUGCGAAAACGAGGUAUUUUGGAUCCCUUUGGGCUGUACUUGUAUGGUCUAGUUUUAAAAGACAAGGGAAAUGAAAAUCUUGCUCGCGCUAUCCUAGUGGAGUCUGUGAAUACCUAUCCGUGGAACUGGAAUGCCUGGUCAGCAUUGCAAGCACUAUGUACCACAAUUGACAUGUUGAACAGUCUUAAUCUCAGUAGCCAUUGGAUGAAAGACUUCUUUCUUGCUAAAUCCUAUGAAGAACUCAGGAUGCACAAGGAAUCCUUGGAUAAGUAUGAGCAGCUCCAGAAAACCUUUUCAUUUAGCAGCUACAUACAAUCUCGGAUGGCUAACGUGCAGUACCAUCUUAGAGAAUUUGAUCAGGUCGAACUCAUCUUUGAAGAGUUGUUGAGAAAUGAUCCAUACCGAAUCGAAGACAUGGAUAUGUAUUCUAACGUCCUUUAUGCAAAGGAAGCGUUUUCUGCCCUUAGCUAUCUAGCCCACAAUGUGUUCUUGACAGACAAAUAUAGACCACAAUCAUGCUGUAUAAUUGGUAAUUAUUACAGUUCCAAAGGCCAACAUGAGAAAUCAGUCUUGUAUUUCAGGAGGGCUCUCAAGUUGGACAAAAAUUAUUUAUCUGCAUGGACUCUAAUGGGCCAUGAGUAUGUUGAGAUGCAGAACACAGCAGCUGCCGUGGAUGCCUAUCGUAGGGCAGUAGACAUCAAUCCAUGUGAUUAUAGAGCUUGGUAUGGAUUAGGGCAAGCCUAUGAAAUGAUGGUAAUGCCUCAUUAUGCUUUGUAUUACUUCAAAAAAUCAGUAUUCCUGCAGCCAAAUGAUCCAAGGCUGUGGAUCGCAAUGGCUCAUUGUUAUGAGAGCGACCAUCUUCGUAUGUUUGAGGAGGCAAUCAAGUGUUAUAAACGAGCUGCGAGUCGCCAUGACACUGAGGCAAUUGCUAUUAACAGGCUGGCAAAACUGUAUGAUCAGCUCGGGAACCAUGCAGAGGCUGCAUUUUAUUACAAGAAAGAUUUAGACAGAAUGGAGGCAGAUGAAAGGGAAGGACCAAACCUAGUUGAUGCUUUGAUGUUUCUUGCUAAAUAUUAUAGAGCCCAGAAAAGGUUUGAAGAAGCAGAGAUCUAUUGUACCCGAUUGUUGGAUUACACUGGACCGGAAAAAGAAACAGCAAAGAGUUUACUUAGAUCUAUGAAAAUGGCGCAAUCUGGUUUCCCAUCCAUGGAUGUUGAGCAUUUUCCAUCGUUUGGCCCUCAUUCCUAAAUUUAAAUGUCAAAAUCCCUCAUAUCUUGGCAAAGCUUCUUUUGCUGUACACAUAAUUUUGUAUAUGCGUGAAGUAAUUCAACUCAUGUUAGAUGGAAUCUUACAAUUGUAUUUUGUAACUUUUAGUCUUUAGGAAUUCAUCAGAAGCAUGUGGAAAAGUAGUUUUAGGACCUAAACAUUAUAUAUGCCCACCUUAGUUCUCAAAAUUUUCUCCUUCAUACCCCGGGGAAGUUCAAAACCUGACCUCAAAGAUUUCACAGCACAGGUAGUAAUUCAAUGUAGUGAUGGAAGUUAUAGCA